CGUGGCCGCGGCCCGGAGAGGGUCUGCACAGCCGCGGAGAUGCCGAAGAGCCCGCCGCCCGCGCGAGGUGUAGACGGGGCACUGCCUGCAGAGCAGGUCCUGCCAGCCUCGCCAGAGAGGAUGCCCCCGUGUCCGUGAUGGGCUGUGGGACAAGCAAGGUCCUUCCUGAGCCGCCCAAGGAUGUCCACUUGGAUCUGGUCAAGAAGGUGGAGCCCUUCAGUGGCACCAAGAGUGAUGUGUACAAGCACUUCAUCACAGAGGUGGACAGUGUUGGCCCUAUCAAAGCAGGGUUCCCAGCUGCCAGUCAGUUUGCCAGCCCCUGUCCUGGUGCCACCACUACUGGCCACACAGAACCUCCUUCAGAACCACCACGCAGGGCCAGGGUGGCUAAGUACAGAGCCAAGUUCGACCCCCGUGUGACAGCCAAGUAUGACAUCAAAGCCCUGAUUGGCCGAGGCAGUUUCAGCAGAGUGGUCCGCGUGGAGCACCGGGCCACCCGGCAGCCAUAUGCCAUCAAGAUGAUCGAGACCAAGUACCGGGAGGGACGGGAGGUAUGUGAGUCAGAGCUGCGUGUGCUGCGCCGAGUGCGCCACGCCAACAUCAUCCAGCUGGUGGAGGUGUUUGAGACGCAGGAGCGCGUGUACAUGGUGAUGGAGCUGGCCACUGGCGGAGAGCUCUUCGACCGCAUCAUUGCCAAAGGUUCUUUCACUGAGCGUGAUGCCACACGGGUGCUGCAGAUGGUGCUGGAUGGUGUCCGGUAUCUGCAUGCACUGGGCAUCACACACCGAGACCUCAAGCCUGAGAAUCUUCUCUACUACCACCCGGGCACUGACUCCAAGAUCAUCAUCACUGACUUCGGCUUGGCCAGUGCCCGCAAGAAGGGUGACGACUGCCUGAUGAAGACCACCUGCGGCACACCCGAGUACAUCGCCCCCGAGGUCCUGGUGCGCAAGCCCUAUACCAACUCAGUAGACAUGUGGGCGCUGGGUGUGAUUGCCUACAUCCUGCUCAGUGGCACUAUGCCGUUUGAGGACGACAACCGUACCCGGCUAUACCGGCAGAUCCUCAGGGGCAAGUACAGUUACUCGGGGGAGCCCUGGCCCAGCGUGUCCAACCUGGCCAAGGAUUUCAUUGACCGCCUGCUGACCGUGGACCCUGGCGCCCGUAUGACUGCACUGCAGGCACUGAGACACCCGUGGGUGGUGAGCAUGGCAGCCUCUUCAUCCAUGAAGAAUCUGCAUCGCUCCAUCUCCCAGAACCUCCUUAAACGCGCCUCCUCCCGCUGCCAGAGCACCAAAUCUGCUCAGUCUACACGUUCCAGCCGUUCUACGCGCUCCAACAAGUCUCGCCGAGUGCGGGAGCGGGAGCUGCGGGAGCUCAACCUGCGCUACCAGCAGCAGUACAAUGGCUGAACCUCGGCUAGUCCAGACAGCGUGCUCCCAGCCCCGCCAGCCCUGCCGUGCCAUCUGGGCCCAGCUUCCUCUCUGGAGGUGGCCUGUGUGGCUUGUGGUAGGUGAAUAUCUGACCCCAGCCCCUUCUCUCUGCCUUCAGUAGCCCUCGUCCUCAUCCUGGGCCAGAGCCUGCUGUGAGAGUGGAGGGAGCUCAGGGUCUAUGAGUCCCCUUAACGGGAGCCUGCCCUGGCAACAGAUACUCCCUUUGGUUGGUAAACUGAUCGGAUACAGCGGGGAAAGAGCAGAACCUGACCCUCCUCAGUCUCCCUCAACCUCGGCUCGUCCCCUAGAGCAAAGGGAAGUGUAGUGCUGGGGAAAGGGCAUCCUGUGGUCCCAGGACUCUUUGGGACAGUUACUUCUGGAAAUACCUUUCUCUACUCGCCUUCCCCCAACCCUCCCCCACCCCACCACCAUUUCCACGGCAUCCAGAUCAAGAUUAUUCUCGACUGAGAGGCCCAGGUAUGCACCAAGCUUGUGCCUUGAAUGGAAUCUCAACUCCUGGCUAAUUCAAAACAGACCCCUCACCUCUCAUCAAGACCUGUCUUCCUUCAUGGUGCCCCCAGGACCCCCCCUGGCCCCAGGACUUGCUGGCACAUUCUGUAGGGCCAUGCGUGAUCAUCGCCAUUCUGGGCUGUGGCCAUGUGGGUGCCAGGCUUGUUGCAGGCUCCAACUGCCUCUGACACUGACAGGCUUUGUGCCCGCUAGACUAAGUGCCUUUUCUGCAGAGCCCACCUUUGCCUCCCUCCCUUUCCUCACCCCUUCGAUGCCAAUUCUAUUCCCCAGGUGCCUCCUUCCCAACUGUGGGGAAUUAAAGUGAACCCCACUGCUGCUACCUGGGGCGUGGGGGCACCUGGGCAAGGCAGAGGACACAGGCUUCCUACGGAAAGUUGUUGGGGUCCAGAGGCAGCCCCAUGCCCCCUUGCGACUGCCCGUUGCCCCUUCCUUUCAGUCUGUUCUCUGUUCUGCAGCGGCAUGAAGGCGCCAUCUAGUGUCUGGCAUAUGGGCAGCCUAGAAAUGAGCUUACCCUUCAUCCUCCCAGAGGAAGUGGGAAGGAAGGAGCUGCUGCAUCUAGGGAGGGUCCCCGUGCUGCUCAGCUCUUCUGCUGAGCUUCUGUGCAGCAACCCCUGGAACUUAGCCAUACUGUGUGACCUGCCUCUGAACCCUGAGUGCCUGGGGCACUGGCCUUCUCACAGCUGGUCUUUCCCAGUCCAGUCUGGCCCUCUUCCUUUCACAGCAUUAACUUGUAGUCUGGGCCCCACUGAAUCUCAGGCUGGAAGGAGCCCCUGUGGGAAGUGGGUGGAUUUGGGUGGCUGCUUUCCCAGAGGCCUGAGCCAGACCAUCCCGUGUCUGUGGUAGUGUCUUCCACCAACCCCACACCUUACCCCUCUACCCCCACCCUCCCACCAAGCUGGGCUGGAACCCAAGUACCCUCCUCUGCUGCUUUCAGUGAGUAGGAAGGAGGCAGGGCCUGGCUUUCAUCUUAGCUAGACUGCAGGGCCCUGCCAGCAGGGAGGGCUUGGCCCUUACUUAGUGCUUCUGGGUGGGUAGCCUUGAGCCAGCCCCCCCCCCUUCUAUAUGUGCCAUCUCCCGUGGGGAAGCCAAGCCAAAGAGACCACUCUGGGCCAAGUCUGUUGUGCCUUAUAUACCCCUUCUCUCUGUCUGGUGCCCCUGGCCCAAGGCAGUGGAGACCCCAAGCUCCAUGGUCUCAGAAUCCCUCUUACUUCCCCAAGUGCCUCCGGAAGUUUGAGGGAUUUAGCCCUUGGGAAUUUAGUUCCCCUCUUGCCAGGAUAGGCCUGGUCUGAAGGUAGGUUAGAGGGGGGCUUGAGACUUGGGAUUUUGAUAGGCCUGCCUGGGCCUUCGUGCUAUGGACCAUGGAUGGAGAAUGUGCAGUUAUUUAUUUUGUGUACUCAGUUUGUAAAUGUAUCCUCUACUCAAUAAACAGGCUGCCCUCCUCUGGGAAGGCUGCCCAUUCAUUCUGA